AUGAAUCAGAUGCUCAGCUAUCUUAGACCGUACCAUUCAUCCCUCGGGAUAGGACCUAAUGUGCCGAGCAAAGCCAUACGCUUCCGUGUUGGAUGCGUCCUGCUGCUGAUUGCUUUGCUAUCGACUUGGUUCAUACUCACACCUGCGCGGGUACGGCAUUCCCUCAUCCAUACUUCACAAAUCCCAUCCAAUAUACUAGGAGUCACGAGGUCGACACCACGUGAGUCCGCUACCAACGCCACUCUUGGGUUCCAAAGGAUCUUGGCCUUGUCCGGAGGCCCGAGCUGGCGUACCCGGGGUUUAAAAGCUGCUGCCGCAUAUACAGGCCUUGAGAUAGAUAUACCAGAGCGUCCAAAUAACUCGCCUGAGCUUGUCGACGCUUUCCGUCAAAUCGGCAAUGGGAAGAAGCCGGCCCUGGGUGCUGCUCGAGCGUGGCUGUCUCACCUUGACAUGCUCAAGUACGUUAUACAGAGUGGCCUUCACACCGCAUUGAUCCUUGAAGACGACGUGGACUGGGACUUGGCUCUAAAGGACCAGAUGCUUUUGGUCUCGGAUGCAGUUCGUAACUUCACGCGCGCUGAUGCUUCAGAACCGUCACCAUAUGGCCGCAACUGGGACAUCCUAUGGCUUGGACAUUGUGGUGAGUACACCGUUGCGGAUACCGAACGAUUCGAAUAUGAGGACUCGACAGUACUGAGCCAUGCCAACUAUACUGGUUGGGCGGCCCCGUACAUAACGAACAUGGGCGAGGGCCAUCGGCUCGUGCAGCAUGGUGUCAACCCAAUCUGCACAUUCGCGUACGCUGUUACGCGGCAAGGUGCGCAACGCGCGCUCGAGUGGGCUGAAAAGGGCGAGAGCGAAGCAUUUGACGUCAAGUUGAUGGAGGCUUGCCGACCGAAAAUCUUGAAUGUUGUCACCGUUCAGCCGGAGCUCAUGCAUCACUAUACUCCGCCACACGAUGCUGGAUACUGGAGCGAGGUGAACGCCGGUGAUGGAAAGGGCACUGAUGCUGGUGAGAGUGCGUAUGAGAGUCGGAUGGGAGGCACCGAGAAUAUCAUACACAGCGCGCGAUGCAAAGCCUUGUUCGAUCGCACCUGUCUGAAGCCGUUCUGGGAACAGUAUUGA